UCCCUUAUCAAAAGGAAGAUGCAAAAAAACCUGAAAAUGAGGAAAUGAAUUUUCUAAACUCUGAGUCGAGAAGAUCUGACAUCUCAAGUUCUUGGCGGGACAUGUGGUACCCACCAGGCCUCUUACAAGGUAUUGGCCCUUGGGGCCCUUUCUCUUUCCUGUCUCAGGAACUCAGACAUGACCAGGAAGAUCUUCACAAAUACCAGGGAGCGGUGGAGGCAGCAGAAUGUCAACAGUGCCUUUGCCAAGCUGAGGAAGCUCAUCCCCACUCACCCUCCAGACAAAAAGCUGAGCAAAAAUGAAACGCUUCGCCUGGCGAUGAGGUAUAUUAACUUCUUGGUCAAGGUCUUGGGAGAGCAGAGCCUGCAGCAAACGGGAGUGGCUGCUCAGGGAAACAUUCUGGGACUCUUCCCCCAAGGACCCCACCUGCCUAACAGGACUCUACUUGGUGACUACCAGGUUCCUUCACCUGGCCCAAGCCACCACAUUCCGUAGUGUGGCUCUGGCUGUCACCACCCGGGGCAGCACUUGUUCAGAAGUCACUGGCUGUCAGCAGCCCUUUGUAUGUUCCAGAGUCAACUUGAUGAAUAAUUUGUGAGGUAUGAAUUUAAGCUUCCUAGGAGGUGGCUCACGUUCAGCUGCAGGGAGCCAAAAGGAGGCCAUGAGGAAGGUGACUUAGGAGUCCCACCGCCUGGGGCUUCAGGCAGAGCAGCCUGUGUCUCUCUAUUUUAUAUAUCCGGAUCUGCAUAAGAUGUUUGAAAA